CCCUAUUUGACGAUGGCAGUGAUCCGCAUCAACACCACCCACGUCUAUCAAAAAGUUUCGUUCCAUAUACACGAGCAAAGUAACAGUCACGCACGAAAAGUUAUAUUGCGAGGAGACAACCAUUGCUUAAUUUCGGGAAACCUUUCCCAACGCAUAUGUGUUAGCUUAUUGUGUGAGAAAGGAAAGAGAGGGGAGGCGGAGAGAGAGAUUUAUAUGCCUUCCCCUCGAUUUGCACUAAUCCAAAUGCGAUGGAAAUCAUCACCGCGGACGCAAAACUCAAGAGUACGGGCAAUACCUAAAAGAAUACCAAGAUACAUAUGUAUCUAA